GAUUCUGAUGAUGACGAUGAUGAUGAUGAGGAUGAUGAUGACGAUGACGAUGAUUCCUGUGAUGACGAUAAUGAUGAUGAUGAUGAUGAUGAUGAUGAUGAUGAUGAUGAUGAUGAUCGAUGAUGAUAAUGAUGAUGAUGAUGAUGAUGAUGAUGAUGAUGAUGAUGAUGAUGAUGAUGGAUGA